AUGCGCCUUGCCACCAUCCUGCUCGCUGCUUCGCUAUGUGUCUCCGGAGACGCACUUCCGGUGCAAGCGAAUACCUUUGAUGGUGCGCAAGAAGCGGCAGCCAUGGGCAGAAAACUACUGCGCUCCGGUGAACGUUUCAGCGAAGUCACUGAAGAGAGAACUCCAUUGAGCACGCUUUUGAAACUUGACGAUGUCGCUGAAAAUGAAGUGGCGAUGAUCAAGCAACUAGCUCCGACGUUUGCGAAGUACAACCAGAACAACAAGCAAGCGACUGACGUUUACAACAUUUUACUUCGUCGCGGAAUUUCGUUUCGAAGUGCUGAAAAGGCGCGCGGCCUAUACGAAAAGUAUCUUCUCAAACCUAAUGCUUUUCACGCUUAG